AUGACUGACAGCGUUAUUCUCACGGAAGACCUUACCAAGUUCUACGGCAGGCAUCGCGGCUUGGUGGAACUCAACCUGGAGGUCCGGCCCGGUGAAGUGGUCGGCUACCUGGGGCCUAACGGGGCGGGGAAGUCCACAACCAUUCGUCUCCUCCUGGACUUUAUCCGUCCCACCAAGGGCCGUGCGGAGAUAUUCGGAAAGAACGCCAGGCUGGACAGCCUUGAGAUCCGCCGAAACGUGGGUUAUCUGCCGGGUGAACUGAGCGCCUACGAUGGCUUGACCGGCUGGGAGCUGCUGACCUACUUCGCAAACCUCCGCGGCGGCGUGGACUGGAGCUAUGCGGAGGGCCUGGCGGAGAGACUGGGGCUUGACCUGACGCGCAAGAUUCGCACUCUGUCCAAGGGCAACAAGCAAAAGGUGGGGCUGGUGCAGGCAUUUAUGGCUCAGCCCGAGCUCCUGAUACUGGACGAGCCGACCGGCGGGCUGGACCCCCUUGUGCAGCAGGAGUUCUAUCGGAUGGUCCGAGAGGCCGAGUCACAAGGGCAGACGGUCUUCCUGUCGUCCCACGUACUGGCGGAGGUGGAGCGCAUAGCGGACCGAGUUUGUAUCAUACGCGAAGGACUCCUCGUACUUGAUGAGGAGGUGGCGGCUCUCAAGGCCAAGGCUCUGCGCCAGCUGGAGAUACACUUCACGGAACCGGCGCCCAUUGAGGCCUUCCGGGACAUCCCUGGCGUCCGGGAGGUUACCGUGGAGGGCAACGACCUGAAAUGCUCCGUCGUGGGUUCCGUCGACGCCCUGAUCAAGGCGGCUUCCAGUUUGAGGUGCUCAACAUAUCAAGCCAUGAGCCUGACCUGGAGGACAUUUUCCUGGACUACUACAGAGAGAGCGAUGACGUUGCUUAACAGCGUUCUCCUCAAGACCCCUCCGUGA